CUCUCGCUUAUUAUCAGCUUGACUGGAUGUCUGAUGAUAAUGACUUGCAUGGCCCGGAGAUCGAGCGAGGUUUUGAUUGUAAAACUGCUCGAGCAGCGCAUAUAUAUCAUCACAAUACGACGAGAGAUAGUAUUUAAUGAGAUGAUUGGUGCAAGGAGUGGAUCGCACUGUCGCGUCGGCUGCUGUGUGUCAUACGAAAACAAGGAGUGAUCUACUUACAUGAAAAUCAACCAUCACUGUGGAGAGAGCUAUUCCAUUGUGAUCAAACUCGCUCCUGAUCCUCUCCUGUAAAUGUAGCGAUGUGCUUGGACCAUCUUGCCUCUACCAUCAAACCGAGGACCUAGUUAAAUUUAGUUUGUGGACAAAGAGCCACUCAGAUUGCAGGAGAGAACCCGCAGGAGGAACAGCGUGACGAUAGCUGACUUCAAGAUACAACCCGUAAACUCCUCUUUAAGAAGUAGAACAAUUUUCUCCUUCAGAUGAAUCGAAAAUAUGUGACGUUGCCUAAUUCAAGACGUAAGUUUCACAGACUCCGUCAUCUAGGAGGAACUAUGGCGCCGAACAAAGCUAAGCAUCAGACAUUGGGAACGCAGAAUUAUGCAUUUGAGGCGGACGAAGCGGUUGAUUCCCAUCGGGACAACUCGUCUACAGUUCCAGAGGCCAAGUCACCAAUGACUCCAAGCAACACCAAAGGCAAUGUCGGCGGCAAUGUAGGGAUAUUGGGCAACUCGGUCGAACUCUUGGUGUCCGCAGCAGAUCAUCUUCGACCGUGCGCGGAUUGUCUAAAGCGCCAAUUCGACGCGGCUCAUGAAGCGACAACAUUAGUCUCGCAGUCCAGGCUUUUUAACAUUCAAAAACUGACCGAGGCGUUGUUACCGAUUGUAGAGGUGACUGAACGACUGCAGAAGAGUCUGAGUGCUGUCCAGGAUACAAAACCGGAGAAAAUCUUCACGCCAGUUCUGAUCAAUACACUUACAAAGGAGUCUACUAAAACGGAAAGAAUCUCUAAAAGUCUUUCAACGGACAAAGCGGACGCCACGCGACUAGAUCAAGAUCUACGGGAGAUUCGAACCGCCAUCCUGGGGUGUAUCGAGGCGUUUGAACCGGUGCGACAAGCCGUCUUCCGCCCUGACCGCCGAGGCGACCACGACUACGACCGCGUUGGAAACCAAACUCGCGAGUAUCUAUGGACAUUGGAUAUCUAUUGGCAGGGAUUACGUCAGGCGAGAGAGGCUCUACCAAACGAGCCGAAACUCCCGCAUGUUGCUACCGACACAGAAAAUGAACCUCUUACAAGAAGUUCCGGUGCUGAGCUGCUUGAAUCGGCAUCAAAACGGAAAGUACACAUUCCUUGAAAUGUAAUGUGCGUCGGCCAUGGAUGCAUGCAUAAACCAUGGUGGACGUAUGAUGGUCUUGUGGAAAAUUAACCAAGCAGUGGAUGAUCUGUGGAUCACAAGGAACGAGGAUCGAAUCCCUGCCACGGUACUAGUUUCCUCCGGCAAGACAUUAAUCUACAUUACCUGUACCACACUCGAGCCAGGUGAAGCAAGUGGGUUCCGGUGGAUAAUUAUUUCGUGAAUGCUACAAAGCCCUUUUUAGAGUAGCUAUAGCUAGGCUAAUUAAGCUGGGGAUAACUUUGAUGAUUUAAUUAAAAGCUCCUUGGAAGGGUAUAUGGACUAUCAUUUUGUGAUAUGCGAUAUACAAGAGUAAAAUCCUGUUAUCAUUACAUGUACUACUUUUAUUGUCACAACACAUUGCUCUAAAUGCACCGUGUGCUUUUAAUGACUGCCGUAUAUAGCUAGUCUAGUGUAUAAGCCAUCUUCCUCUGAAGUAUUUGCAUCUGGCAAGGAAUUCUUAUUUUGAAACUCUCGAAACAUGUGAAAUAAACGGGUACCCGGUAAGGAGAAAUUCGUAGAAUUUUGAGUGCCUUAAAUUAUCCUGGUAGUUCUGCUGGAGACGGGGUAAUAAUUUUGAUUGCAGGGCCAUCAAGGAGAACAGUAUUAUUUUAUGAUAAGGCGUCAGGCUUUAAAAAAGACCUUAUUGCUAUCAAGUUGGUACUAAUUCCCAAGCUUUUAAAAAACACAUAAUGAUAUGCGCUAUAUAGAAACAGAAUAUAAUGACAGUAUUGUAAAUUAUUAUUAUCUACUAAGUGCAUUUUAAGUAUGUUUGGAGGAGUAAGGUGUUUUAUUGUGUAAACUUUUCAAGUCUAUGAGUAUAAUUUGUAAAAAUAUAAUUUUGGUAAUGGUUCUUAAAAAUAAUCUUUGUCAAGAUAAUGGA